AUGGAAAUCGUUCGAUAUCCAGGUGUAGUCAGCACUAUCCGCAGUUUGUUGUGUUACACACCUGAAGAUUCCAAUUUUCUCAGUACUGCAGGAUGGAACUAUCCGAAUUCUCUUCAUUUAUCGGAGGACACCUUUAGUUUACUGAUUCCAAUCAAACAUAUUUUUAACAUUUUCAACGAUUACAAUAAAUUAACCUAUGGUCGUCAAAUGUUUCGGUUUGUACGAGCACGUAAUGAUAGAAACUGCAUUGUUGUCCAAGAACCUAGUGGUUCCACAACAGUAACAACAGUAUCAUUAACCAUCGCCAGCAUGGAACUCAAGGUCAAACAUGCCGUUCCCAAUGAUGAUGUGAAAAUCGACUUAAUGACUCCGAUUAAGAAUAAUACACCGAUAACUAUACCUUUUCGUAAAUGGGAGCUCAAUGAACUACCUUCAGUUACGGCAGGAUCUCGACGAGAGAUAUGGAGUGUAAAGACAACUUCAGCUGUUGAACGUCCACGCUAUAUCAUUGUAGCUUUUCAAACUUCUAAACGAGAUGAUAUUCACGCUGCUCCAACGUGA